AUGUCAAUACCCUCUGAGGACAAGGAAGAAUGCACCGGUCUUCUCAACGAUAUCGACAAGACCCAGAACCCGGACAUACCAAAUGGUCCUAGGAGCGAGGACCCCUACAGGCGUCGCUUCCUCAUCCUAGUUCCCAUCCUGCUUCUAUCCCUCACUGCCAACAUAAUCACCCUCUCUAUCAUCGUCUCAAACCCCAAACCUUAUCAACUCCCAUCAACAUACGCCAACCUUUAUCACACUCACACAGAGCCCUACGUCCUCCUAACCGACUACUCCCACAACACGACCCUAGCCGACACCCUCUGGCACUCCAUAAACAUUGACAGCGGUGUUGUCGCCCUCCCCGACUCCUUUGCCGCAUCUCAUAAUCUUCGUACAGCGCAACGUUUUCCCUGGGACACCAGUAAAGGAAUCUACAUCCUCCACGGCUUCCACAACCUGCACUGUCUGAAGAUUAUCUACAUCAGCCUUUUCGAGUUUCGGACCGGCCAGGAACAAUCGAGGACCUGGCACCAUAUCGCGCAUUGUCUUGAUGCAUUGAGACGCCAGACGCUAUGUGAUGCGGAUGAUACGCCCAGGGCCACGGAGAGAAGGGCCGAGGUUGUUAGUGGGCUUGGGCAGCAUCGAGUUUGUAGGAAUUGGGGGGAGUUGGAAAAUUGGGCGAAAGCUCAUACGGCUUGCUAUAAGCGCCCUGAGAAGCCCGGGGAUGAGGUUGGGUUGAAGAGGUUUAUGCAUUGCCCGGAGGGGAGUGGCUAUGUGGUUGAUGAGGGGUAUGUGCCCACGGAGGAGGUUUUGGUGGGGUUGCCCGAAGAGUCGAUUGCAACAGGGGCUGGGGAGGUAUAG